UUUAUCCCGUUGUAAAUGCGGCCUUAAAAUAUAUAAACAGGGGGAUACCAAAUGUAUUUUCCUCAUAUGUUCUAAAGUUGUCUCAACGAAGGAGUGUGUUUCGAAUGAGUAAAAGGGGUCCGUAGUGCGACGAACACUCGUUGGGACAUCUAAGCUCAUGAUUUGGGUUCUAUAAAAAAAAAAAUAAAGAAGAAAACAUUUGUUACAAUAUACCUCUGCCAGUGUUAUAAAGGAACAAACGGCUGUCGAUAAGAAUAAAAGCAAAAUUCCUUUGUUUAUAAUAUUGCUGACGCAAUCGAACGAAUCUACAACGUAAUUUACUUGUAAGAUAAUUUAUUAAUUAUCCAUCAAAUAUAUUUAAUGGUUUUUAUUUUUCAAUAAGAAAUGGAUAUAGAUCACUUAUUACGAGAGAUGAAUGCGCUGGUUAUUCCCGAUAUAUUAUAUCAAAAAAUAGCUGAUGAAAAUUCGAUUAAAAAAAUGAUACAACAUUUAAUAGAAAACGACGCGUUGCCAAGCAUAAAACGUGAGUCCAAAAAUGAAGAAACCGCUAAGAAAAAGUUAGAAGAAGGAAAUAAGAUGAUAUCAAGUGCACCACUCGAUAAACUGAUAGAAAUUUAUAAUGAGGUGAUAGCUUACGCACUACCUAGUUCAGAAUUAUUAGCACGUGGAUUUGCAAAUCGCUCGGCAGCACUAACGAAUGGGGGUAUGUAUGAAGAUUCUUCGAAGGAUAUAGAGAGAGCAUUGGAAAUCGGGUAUCCAGAUAAUUUAAAGGCUAAAUUAUAUGCUCGCAAAGCAAAGAAUUUGUUAGCUUUGAAUUCAAUGAUGAGCUCUGAAGUUGAUGAUGCUAUUACCCAAGCAAACAUCUGGGUAGAAAAAAUGGAUGAUAAUAAUAGAAAAAGAGUGAAAAGCAGUUUAGAUCAACUGAAGAUAAAGAAAUCUUCAAAAAAACCUUUUAAAUUUUGGGAAAUUAAUGUCUUUUUACCUAAAAUACCAGAUGAUAAUCCGAAAAUAUUGAGAGCUUCAGGUGCUAUCGGCAUAAAAAAUUCUGAAACAUUUGGCCGUCAUCUUGUAGCUACCAAAGAUAUUAAGGCAGGUGAAACUCUCUGGGUUCACAGAUCUUAUGCAUUUACACUCAUGUCUGAAUACAGAUAUCGACAUUGCUGGAAUUGUUCGAGAUAUACUUGGAGUAGCAUCCCUUGUAAUCAAUGUUCAAACGUUAUCUACUGCAAUGAAGAAUGUCGUGACACUGCUUGGCAGAACCACCACGACGUCGAAUGCCCAGCGAUCACAGCAAUUUUAGCUCAAUUUGGAUCUAGUGUAGAAAAAUGUUUGCUUUGGGUGAGAUUAUUAGUUAGAGCUUUGAAAGAAUUUGAAAUAAUUGAAGCAUUGUAUGAUAAAGUUAACGAGAUUGAAUCAACACGAGACCCAAUUUUAAAACUUUUCACUGGAAAUGUAUACGAUGAUACAAAAUAUGCUAGUGUUUAUUCCUUAUUUCGAUCAAAAUCAUAUCCAAUGUCCAUAAUGGGUAUAGAACGUUUAAUCGUUGAAAUUCUAUUUCUAUUAAGUGGAACUACUGAAAUAUUAUUCGGUAAAAAAAUUGAUGAUCCAACUGAGUUAAUGAACAACAAAUGGACAACUUUUAUUGGAAAUUUGAUAUGUAGACACAUUGAAAUAGUUCUAACAAAUUCGUUAAAAAUAACCUCAAAUGAUUGUCAAGGAAACUACGUAGCAUGUGGCUCGUAUUUGGCACCACUUUUAGAUCUAUGUAGCCAUAGUUGUGACUAUAACAUCGACUCCAUACGUUCAAGAGACAUUGUAGCUCCGAUUGCAGUUCAGCCAAUCAAAAAAGGUCAACAAAUAUGUAUCACCUAUGGACCUAAUUAUUGGCAAUCACCGGCUGCUGAAAGAAGACAAUCGAUACAAAAAAGUUUCAAAUUUUUGUGUCAAUGCACGGCUUGCGUUAAUGGCUGGGGUCCAGAUUAUCAACCUCUACCAUGUGUGGAACAGCUACCGGACAAAAUCACCCAUGAGCUAAUUAUAAUUUCAUUGAAAUGUGCCACCUAUAUUCCUAUGAUAAAUUUACUUGCGAAACGUUUUUCUAAAGAUAUUACACCAAGUAAAAUUAUUGAAAUGAUGUCUGAUUUAUCAUCAAUGCUCAAUCUAUUAGGUGGUGACAGAUACCCUUGCAAAGAAAUGAUAAAAGCCAAAAAAGCAUUAGCCCGCUUAAUUAUUUGCAUUAGAAGAUAUACAUGAAUAAAAAUUCGCAAUAUAAGUUUGAAAAUGAGUAAAUUUUUUACCCAAAAUCUACUAAAUAUUUUUAAUCUCAAAACAACUAAAUCAUACAUUUUUAUCGCUACAAACAAAUUUUCAAGAAACACUGAUAUGAGAAUUAUUUUCAUAAUGAAUAUUUAUAAUGUAAAAGCCCUAAUACCCGAUCAGAGAACUAGUACCCGAUCAUGAAUGUUUAUAUCUAUAUUUAGUAUAAUUUAGUAAAUAUAGAUAUACACAUACAUGAGUGAUCGGGUACUAGUUCCCUUAUGGGGUACUGGGCCUCCUAUUUUAUACUUUAUAUAAAAUGUAUGAAGUAUAAGUUAUAAAUUAAAAUAACUUCUUCAAGAAAAUGAAAAAAAUAAAAUGUAUGAUGACGAAAGAUAAAAUUAUUAUGGUAAUUUAUGACAACGUAAAAGUUUUUUCUAUGCAAACAGCCUCACUUAUGACCUGUCACAAAUCUGUAAUGUUUAUGCUUCCCCGUAAUUUUAGCUGUUGAUUAUAAUAUAAUCCGCAUAGUUAUCGGUGUCUGUAAUUUACUUGUUAAACGUAAUAAAUAGAGUUAAUUCAAUGUAAACUAAGAUAUUUUAAGUUUAGAAAAAAAACAGUAUCAUUAUAAACAGAGUUAAUUCAAUGUAAACUAAAAUAUUUUAAGCUUCGAAAAAAACAGUAAAGAAAAUACAAAAUUAACAUUCUUUAAUUUACAAUUACAUUGUAAUUAGUUUAAUUCAUUAAAAUAAUAUAAUAAUAAAUAAAUAAAUGUAAACAUAAUAAUUGCAUUAACAUGACUGCACGGAAAAAAAAUGAACUAUAUAAAUUGAGAACGACAAGUAGUAUAAUGGUGCCGCGACUACAUAUCCGCAGACAAAAUAACCGCGACAAAAUAUCCCGGACAAAAUAACCGCACGACAAAAUAUCCGCGGAAAAAAUAACCACACGACAAAAUGUCCGCGGACAAAAUAACUACAUGACAAAAUGUCCUCGGGCAAAAUAAUCACACGACAAAAUAUCCUUAAGAAAAAUUUAUAUGGUAAUGGUCAUAUUUUUAUAAUCACACACACACACAAAAUUCGUGAAAAAAGGGCGCUAUUUUUCAUAGCUUUUUUGUGUGUCGGCACAUUUUUGUAAUCGCACACACACAAAAUUCGUGAAAAAAGAGCGCUGUUUUUGACAGCUUUUUUGUGUGUGGGUAUAUUUUUGUAAUUGCACACACACAGAAUUCGUAAAAAAAGGGGGGUUUUUUUUUAUACCUUUU